AUGAGAUUGGAGCAUAGUUGUGAGAUUACUUAUUGGCACGCUUGGGAAGCUCGUGAGUUUGCUAUUGCAGCUGCUAGAGGUAUACCAGAUCGCAGUUAUGCUAAAAUCCCAGCAUAUUUGCAUAUGAUUAAAGAAGCUAAUCCUGGUACGCAUACUCACUAUGAAACUGAUGAGAAGGGAAGAUUCAUGUAUCUAUUUGUGUCAUUUGGGCAAUCAGUUAGAGGAUUCUACAAUGCAAUGCGAAGGGUGAUUGUUGUUGAUGGAAAUUUUCUGAAAAAUAAAUACAGAGGAGUUCUACUUGUUGCUACUACUGUAGAUGAUAGAAAUGCGUCUAUUUCUAAAGCGAUUGGGACUGUCUACCCUCAAUCAGCACAUGGAAUUUGCAUUCAUUACUUGUUGACCAAUGUGGUUGCAUUUUUCAAGACAAAAGGGUUGACUGCCUUGGUGGAAAAGGCUUCACGGGCAUAUAUGUACACUGAAUUUCAGGAACGUAUCACCGAAAUUUUUGAAAUGAGUCCUGAGCUUGGAAGAUAUCUACGGGAGGCUGAUGUUCGCAAAUGGGCUCGUUCUCUCUUCCCUGGUGAAAGGUAUGACAUUAGGACCACAAACCCUGCAGAGUCGAUAAAUUCAGUUCUGAGAAUACCUAGAGAAUAUCUGGUGGAGAAAAAGAUUGAUAGGAGAAUUGUGAAGGCAAAAGGCUUUCAAGUCUACAAAGUUGACGACUUCAAAUCGCUUGUGAAAGGAGACAUAUAUGAUUGUCAUAUUGAUUUGGAAAGAAGAACAUGCACAUGUGGGAAGUACAAUAUAGAAAAAAUUCCUUGCCGACACGCCAUUCCUGCCAUUUAUUCACGAGGCAUGGAAGUGCACAGAUUUACUGACGGCUUAUACACCACUGCAGCGUGGAGAACCGCCUAUGCGGAAUCCAUUAAUCCAAUAGCAGUUCCAGAAUGUGAAUGGAAUGUCCCUACUGAGGUUAAACUUGCUAAGGUUUGA